ACUAUUGUAGUUUCCCGCCAAAGUCGCCCCAGCUGAAUCUCGAGAGCGUGUUGAAGCGUUGCGUUGCUCUAUUUUAGUGAAUUUUUUAUCUAAACUUUCUACUUUAUCCACAAACUUUUGAGCAGGUGGAAUAUGUCGGAACGAGCAAGUUCUCCUUCAGGAAUGGCAACUUCUCCAGUUGCUACAACCCCUGGAGCUGCCGUAACCCCAACCCCCACGACCCCUACCGCCACUCCCCGACGGUAUCGCGUUGACCCCACCACCUCUCCUCCUGGGCAUGACCUGCCUCCCUUCGAGGAUGAGAGUGAGCUGGUGGGAGGUGUUGGGGCUGUUCAAGAUGAGGAGGAGGAAGAUGGAGAGGAACUCUUCGGAGACAACAUGGAAAAUGACUACCGUCAUAUUCCUGAGCUGGACCAGUAUGAUGCGGACCAACUAGACGACAACAGCAGCUUGUCCGAGCUUGACCCUGAGGCCAGACGUAACGCUGAGGCUGAACUCAGACGGCGAGACCAGGAGGAGGGACGUGGACUGGGCCGCAUGAGGCGUGGGCUGCUGUAUGAGGACGAAAGUUCGGAUGAAGAAGAUGGCAGGCCAGCACGCAAGAGACGUCUUGCUGAGCGUGCUGCUGAGGGAGAUGCUGGGCAGGAUGAAGAGAUGAUAGAGAGCAUUGAAAACCUUGAGGACCUGAAAGGACACAGCGUGCGUGAGUGGGUGACGCUGCUGGGGCCGCGCACUGAGAUCUACAAUCGCUUCAAGAACUUCCUCAGAACUUUUGUCAGUGACAAGCGUGGAGAGAACUUGUAUAAAGACAAGAUCAGGGCCAUGUGUUAUGAAAACAAGUCAUCAUUUGAGGUUGACUACAACAUCCUGGCCUCUGAGGAGCAGGUGCUUGCGUAUUUCCUCCCUGAAGCGCCCACUGAGAUGCUGGAGAUCUUUGACGCGGCUGCCAAAGACGUGACGCUGUCUAUGUUCCCUCAGUACGAGCGCAUAACCAAAGACAUCCACGUGCGCAUCUCUGACCUGCCGCUCAUUGAAGAGCUGCGAUCUCUCCGACAACUGCACCUGAACCAGCUCAUCCGCACCUCCGGAGUGGUAACUUCAACCACAGGCAUCCUGCCUCAGCUGAGCAUCAUCAAGUAUGACUGCGACAAAUGCUCCUACGUGCUGGGGCCUUUUGUGCAGAACCAGACCACCGAGGUGAAGCCUGGGUCUUGUCCAGAGUGCCAGAGCAAAGGACCCUUCACCAUCAACAUGGAACAGACUGUCUACCAGAACUACCAGCGUAUCACCAUUCAAGAGAGUCCUGGCAAGAUAUCAGCAGGCAGGUUGCCACGUUCAAAGGACGUGAUCUUGCUGGGAGAUCUGUGCAACCAGAUCAAGCCUGGCGACGAGAUCGAAGUGACAGGCGUGUACACCAACAACUACGACACCUCCCUCAAUACCAGCCAGGGCUUCCCGGUCUUCGCCACUGUCAUCAUGGCUAAUCACAUUCUUAAGAAGGACAACGCCAAUGCCAUCAAAGCCCUGACUGAUGAAGACAUCAAGGCAAUCGUCGCCUUGAGUAAAGAUGAACGCAUUGCGGAACGCAUCGUAGCCUCCAUAGCGCCCUCGAUCUACGGCCACGAGGACAUCAAAAGAGCCAUUGCCUUGUCCCUGUUUGGAGGGGAGGCCAAGAACCCUGGGCAGAAACAUAAAGUGAGGGGAGACAUCAACGUGCUCGCCUGCGGUGACCCUGGCACUGCCAAGUCUCAGUUCCUGAAAUACGUUGAGAAGAUCGCACCUCGCGCUAUAUUUACCACGGGUCAAGGGGCAAGUGCGGUGGGCUUGACUGCAUAUGUGCAGAAGUCGCCGGUGACACGGGAGUGGACGCUGGAGGCUGGAGCGCUGGUGCUGGCUGACAAGGGCGUCUGUCUCAUAGAUGAGUUCGAUAAAAUGAACGAGUCUGACCGUACGAGUAUUCACGAAGCGAUGGAGCAGCAGAGCAUCAGCAUCAGCAAAGCCGGAAUUGUGACGUCACUGCAAGCGAGAUGCGCUAUCAUCGCGGCCGCUAACCCUAUAGGAGGCCGUUACGAUCCUUCCCUCACGUUCGCCGAGAACGUUGACCUCACGGAACCCAUCCUGUCGCGUUUUGAUGUGCUGUGUGUCGUCAGAGACACCGUUGAUCCCGUCGUUGAUGAUCAUCUUGCCAGAUUUGUGGUGGCGUCGCAUAUGAAACAUCAUCCUUCUGCUGCUGGCGGCCCUGGAGAGGCCAUCACUCUACCAGACUCUGGCACAGGACUGGCUGGGGUUGAACAAAUCCCUCAAGAAAUGCUUCGUAAAUACCUAGUAUACUCGCGCGAAAAAGUCCACCCGAAAUUACACCAAAUGGACAAAGAUAAGGUGGCUAAAAUGUACUCCGAGUUACGACGUGAAAGUAUGGCUACCGGAUCGAUCCCCAUCACUGUACGUCACAUUGAAUCAAUGAUACGCAUGGCUGAAGCGCAUGCACGUAUGCACAUCAGAGAAUAUGUUACAGAUGAUGACGUAAAUAUGGCUAUUCGCGUCAUGCUCGAGAGCUUCAUUGACACUCAGAAAUUCUCCGUGAUGAGAACCAUGAAGAAAAACUUUGCUCGGUAUCUAUCUUUCAAGAAGGACAAUAAUGAACUCUUGAUUUUCCUUCUGCGACAAUUGCUGCACGAACAAACCGCGUAUCUACGUAGCAGAUACGGGAGUGUUGAUCACGAACCUGCUACCGUCACUGAAAAGGAGCUACUUGAUAGGGCCCGGCAAAUCAACAUCCACAACCUGCAACCGUUCUUUGAGAGCGCCAUCUUCCGGUCUAACAACUACAUUCACGACGCCCAACGCAAAGUUAUCAUGCAAACUGUGUAACAGGUACAACUGGAAUUAUUUGUACUACCCGAAUGUAAUUUAGGUCAGAAUCACUCGAAUUGUGCGAAUCAAUUUUGCAAAUAGUGCAAAGCGACGCUCGUGGGCAAGAACAUGGCAGUAACAUAUAGGACGGAAACAUGCCUUCAAUGAAAGUAAUGAAGAACGAAAAAAUGUAUUCCAUAGGCGGAAUUCAUUCAAUUAUAAAAUGUACAAGUUUCAGAGACGAUACUAUUAUUUGAUACCGAGUAAAUUCGAAAAGUUUCAACGGAUUGAGGUUAUGAUACAAGUGGAUAAAAUAACAAUUGCCACAAUGCCCGGUAGUAUGGUCAAAGGUGUAAUCUCCAGUUCCAUAAAAUUCAUUGGAACGAUUCCAUUACGAUUUUUUUCCUUAUUUGGUGAAGUCAGCGAGCAAAUUUAACAAUAAUGAUUUUCUCAACAUUUUCAUUUCGUCAUCUAGAAUACUGAAUGCAAGAGAACUGUGACAAUCAUCGACAGUUUCACUCAUGAGUUUUCAAAAAAAUUUCAUGAUGCGUGUACAAACCUUAGCAAUACGGGAACUAUUACUAAACUACUGUUAAUUUCACGCAUUUUGAAUAAAUUUAUAAGAACAGUUAUAGCUAUAACAACUUAGAACUUGAAUAAAGGAAAAUAUAUUUGA